AUGCAUGGUCUAGAACAAAUAAAAAAGCAUGGAGAAGAUGCUUCUUUAGACAAUAAUAUAGUUGCAAUAGCUAUUCCUCAGUUAAGAAAGGUUCUAAAAGAAUAUAAUUUAAAAAAUAUUUACAACAUGGAUAAAACAGGGUUAUUCUAUUGUCUUGAGCCAGAUACCACACUAGCAACUACUUGUCUAAAGGGUAAAUCACCCAACCCACAGUGCUUCAAACGUAUCAAAUACAAUAGGCUCAGUGUCACAUAUGAGUCAAGUAGUAAGGCAUGGAUGAUGACUGUGCUAUUUCAAGUAUGGCUUAAGGAAUUUGACAUGAAAAUGGCCAAUCAUAAGGUAAUUCUUUUAGUAAAUAAUGUCAAGUGCUAUUCCUCUAGCAAUUUAAACCUUCACAACACUACCGUCUACUACCUUUCACCAAACACAACAUCUCGCAUACAACCACUUGAUGCUGGUAUUAUCAUGUCUUUUAAAUGUUGCUACAAAAAUUAUUUUAUAAAAUGGAUGCUUAAUCAGUAUGAAUCUGGAAAUGAUGACAAAUUAAAUGUACUUAAUGCUAUAAAAUUUAUUGUUCAAGCAUGGAAUGAA